AUGGAAUCGAUUGAUGAAGAACGGUUAGAGAAUAUCAUCAAAACAGUCGUUGAUGUUGUUUUGGGCUACUCCAAAGAGGAAACUCUCAACAGUAAGUUAUUAGAUUUCGACACACAUCAGAGAGAAACUCUUGUCAAGGCAUUAUUAGCUGUUCUUCGUCAAGCUUUAGCACAACACUUAGAGGAAGAAGCAUUUACAAAUCUCCUUAACGAAAAAUUCGUCGAACAAAAUGUUAUUACGAAAGGAUUAAAAGAAUAUUACGUAAAGAAUAUGGUAAAUCUUCAACAGCAUUAUGCACAAUGUUGCCCACUAAAUCCAGGACUAGUUGAUUUCAAGUGGGUUUCGACUCUUCCAUCAGAUUCUAAAUUUGGCUUGUCAUCUGCUCAGCCUACAGUUAAAUGCCAAAUCACUACUACGAAUGGCGCUUUUGCAUUCAAUCUCUCCCCAGAAGCUGUUCAGAAUUUAGCAGCUGAAAUUCAAAAUAUCCAGAAUGUUAUCCAAGAGGUCAAAUAA